AUGGACAACUUCUAUGCCAGGAAACUGUACAUUGAGGAAACGGUGAAAGCAUCGUUACAGGUGCAGGAAAUGGCCACGCAACUGUUCCACGAGCAAGUUGAGCGGGACACGGAAACACGGCGAUUACAGCAGGAGAAGAGCUACAAGGAAGCGACGGAGAAAUUACGCCAUCUGGUCUCAACGGUUUCUGUCAGUGGCAUAUAUAGGCGCCCUAUGGUUCCCUGUUUGACCAUGUCUGUUUAUGGAACAUGUGUUGAAGAUGACAUUCGGCGGAAUGGCGAGGCUGCGUUGCAUCUGGAACACAUAAGAAAGAUGCGAGGGACUUUAACAACAGGUCGGAGAGAGAGACAGAAAACUGGAGUGGCGUCUGCAACUACCGAGGAAAGUGGUUUCCCGACGAACAAGCAAGUGCAAGGGGGAGUUGGUGCAAAGGGGCAAGGUAAUGUUUCAACACUUCCUGUGUUGCGUGGUGCGUGGAACCGCAGCUGCAUUGAUGGGCAGAGUUUGCCUCGCAUCUCAGUCCCCUUUGCUGGAAAUGGGAGGAAGAAUCUCGGCGUUAUUAAGUGUCAUUCAUGUAUAGAUGGUUUUGAACCUAUGUACGAUACAGAAACGGCUGCUCUGUUGCGUUCUAUAGACGCCAAGGAGAUACAAGCACUUCAUGGUAGCAAACCGUUUGUCGUUCACGCCCCCAGGCGUGUCCCGCUGUAA